GCCUUCAAUGGUUGUAUCGGCUCCUCCCCUUUAGUCUUGCACAGGUGUGCCAGCUCCUCCCCUUCAGUCUUGCACGAUUGUAUCGGCUCCUCCCCUUUAGCCUUCAACGGCUGUACCGGAUCCUCUCCUUCAGUCUCGCAUGGUUGUACUGGCUCCUCCCCUUCAAUCUUGCACAGGUGUACUGGCUCCUCCCCUUCAGUCUUGCAGAAUUGUAUGGGCUCCUCCCCUUCAGUCUUGCACAGGUGUAUUGGCUCCUCCCCUUCAGUCUUGCAUGGUUGUACCGGCUCCUCUCUUUCAGCCUUCAAUGGUUGUAACGGCUCCUCCUCUUUAGUCUUGCACAGGUGUGCCGGCUCCUCCCCUUCAGUCUUGCAGAAUUGUAUGGGCUCCUCCCCUUCAGUCUUGCACAGGUGUAUUGGCUCCUCCCCUUCAGUCUUGCAGAGGUGUACCGGCCCCUCCCCUUUAGUCUUGCACAGUUGUGCCGGCUCCUCUCCUGGUCUGAAAUGUCUUCCUCUGAUUCACCGCACACUGACGUCCAGCAUCAUCUAGCGCUUUCCCCCAGCUUAGCUCCCCCCCA